CCCCUGGCAGUUUUGCGCAUGCUCGGGAGCCAUAUUCGCCGCGGAUGCUUGGCCAUCCGGGUUGGUUCUCCAGCUGAGUAAAGCGACACCGAUCUGCACCCCUCACUGUCUUCCUCCGGAGUUACAUAAAGUUCAGAAGCCAUGUCUCGAAGAUAUGACUCCAGGACCACAAUAUUUUCUCCAGAAGGUCGGUUAUACCAGGUGGAGUAUGCCAUGGAAGCUAUCGGACACGCGGGCACCUGUUUGGGGAUCUUAGCCAAUGAUGGAGUCCUGCUUGCUGCAGAGCGGCGCAACAUCCACAAGCUUCUGGACGAAGUCUUUUUUUCUGAAAAAAUCUACAAACUUAAUGAGGACAUGGCUUGCAGUGUGGCAGGCAUCACAUCUGAUGCUAACGUCCUGACUAAUGAACUAAGGCUCAUUGCUCAAAGGUAUUUAUUACAGUACCAGGAGCCAAUUCCGUGUGAGCAGUUGGUUACAGCAUUAUGCGAUAUCAAACAGGCUUAUACACAGUUUGGAGGAAAGCGUCCCUUUGGUGUUUCUCUGCUGUACAUUGGCUGGGAUAAACACUAUGGCUUUCAGCUCUAUCAGAGUGACCCAAGUGGAAAUUACGGGGGAUGGAAAGCCACGUGUAUCGGGAACAACAGUGCGGCAGCCGUGUCAAUGUUGAAACAAGACUACAAAGAAGGAGAGAUGACUCUGAAGUCGGCACUUGCUCUCGCUAUCAAGGUGCUAAAUAAGACCAUGGAUGUUAGUAAACUGUCAGCUGAGAAAGUGGAAAUCGCCACACUAACAAGAGAGAGUGGAAAGACCGUGAUCAGAGUCCUCAAGCAGAAGGAAGUAGAACAGUUGAUCAAAAAACACGAGGAGGAAGAAGCUAAAGCUGAGCGGGAGAAGAAGGAAAAAGAACAGAAAGAAAAGGAUAAAUAAACAAAAUCACGGAUUUUAUAACUCCUUAGAGGCACCAAUUCAGUUAGGCGUGGUCCUGGCCUUCCACCCUGGAAAGGUUUUUUGUUAUUUCUUCUUUAACUUGCCCAUUGGGGAAAUAGGACAUUACAUACUGAAUUGGGUCCUUGUCGUAUCUGUCCAGUUGGAUCUUUAUUGUAAUGAUGGACAUCUUUAUAGACAUCUUAAUCUUAACACAUAAUUUUUUGGAAUAAAAUUUAGAAAGAUUGGU